AUAGCAAUUAUCCACUCACUAUUUACCCUUAGGCGAGUCUGCAUUUGAGCUUUGGCGAACAUUUGUAGAUUGAGAAUUUGAUAUAUGGAUUUUGCAUUCGCGAGUUGAAAAGUAGCAAUCUUUCUGCUCCCUCGUCGCUGCGCUUUCUGAAUUUCCCUUGCUGCUCGCAUGGCGGGUAAGCUAUCUCUUCCUUCUCUGUUACCAAACCCAACUCCCCGGAAGCCUUUCUUUCAAGACCCCCAGCUCUUAUCCACCGCUUCAACUCCACUACCGCCGCCGCCACCCUUAGCUCCUCUAAUCCAGGAACUCCUACACCGCCCCAACCCCACCGCUUCCACUUCCAACUCAAUCUACCCGCCCCCCGUCCCAAGAACGCGCCGCCGAAUUGGGAAAGAUCGCGACUUUAACAAGGGGAAGCCAUGGACCCACCACCGCGUCUCCCUGCAAGGUCAGCAAGCUCUGAAAGCCCUCACAGAUUCAGACUUUUCUGCUGAAACAAUUGACGAGGUAAUGAUUACCUUAUUCAAUUCCCAACGACAAGAAUCCUCGGAAUUAUGUAUUGAAUCUCUUUCCCUUGACAUUUUGGGGGUUAUUAAGGGUUUAAGGCACUAUAAAAAAUGCGACUUGGCAUUGUCUGUGUUUGAAUGGGUUCGGAAUUGCCCCAAUUCGGAAGCUUUGUUGAAUGGCUCUGUCAUUGCAGUGAUUGUUAGCAUUCUUGGAAAGGAGGGUCGAGCUUCGGCUGCCUCUUCCUUGCUUAAUGAUUUGCAGAAAGCUGGUUUUCAGAUUGAUGUUUAUGCAUAUACUUCUUUGAUAACUGCUUUGAGUGGUAAUAGGAGGUACAGAGAGGCUGCAAUGGUGUUUGAUAAAAUGGAGGAGGAAGGGUGCAAGGCUACUUUGGUUACUUAUAACGCGAUUCUGAAUGUGUAUGGGAAAAUGGGUAUGCCAUGGAAUAAGAUUAUGGAUGUGUUUCGAGAUUUGAAGAACUCCGGGGUUUCUCCCGAUGCUUACACGUAUAAUACUCUCAUUGCUUGUUGUCGACGAGGGUGUUUGCACGAGGAAGCAGAAGGGAUAGUUGAGGAGAUGAAGGUUGCAGGGUUUGUUCCUGAUAAGGUUACUUAUAAUGUCUUGUUGGAUGUGUAUGGGAAGUCCGGUAGGCCUAAGGAAGCCAUGGAGGUUUUGCGUGAGAUGGAGGAGAAUGGGUUCUCAGCUAGUGUUGUGAGUUACAAUUCCUUGAUAUCUGCUUAUGCUAGGGGUGGUCUGAUGGAGGAAGCGAUGGAACUAAAAGGUCGGAUGAUGGGUAAAGGGAUUAGGCCUGAUGUGUUUACUUUCACGACUCUGUUGUCUGGAUUUGAGAAGGCUGGGAAGUAUGAAUCUGCGGUGAAGAUCUUUGAAGAGAUGAGGAAUGCGGGUUGUAAACCGAAUAUCUGUACUUUUAAUGCACUGAUUAAGGUAUACGGAAACCAGGGUAAGUUUGUCGAAAUGAUGAAGAUCUUUGAUGAUAUUAAGGUGUUAGGAUGUUCCCCGGAUAUUGUUACUUGGAAUUCUCUUCUCGCUGUGUUUGGGCAGAAUGGGAUGGGUUCUGAGGUUUCGGGGGUGUUUGAGGAAAUGAAGAGAGCAGGGUUUGCAGCCGAAAGGGACACAUUCAACACAUUGAUCAGUGCAUAUAGUCGAUGUGGAGCUUUUGAUCAGGCCAUGGUUGUAUACAACAGAACGGUCGAGGAGGGGUUCGUGCCAGAUCUUUCAACCUACAAUACCUUUCUAGCAGCAUUGGCCCGGGGAGGGCUAUGGGAACAGUCCGAGAAAGUGAUUGCAGAGAUGAAAGACGCAAGGUGCAAACCCAAUGAACUUUCCUAUAGCUCCUUGCUUCACGCUUAUGCAAACGGGAGAGAGGUUCAAAAGAUCCAUGACCUUGCAGAAAACAUAUACUCUUGUAGUAUUGAGCCUUCUGUUGUGCUCUUGAAAACCCUCGUUUUAGUUUAUAGCAAAACCGACCUUUUGGUGGAAACAGAGCGAGCUUUCCUGGAGUUGAGAAGGAGAGGCUUCUCCCCAGACAUAACCACUCUAAACGCUCUACUUUCCAUAUAUGGGCGGAAGCAAAUGGUUGCCAAGGCCAACGAGAUACUGAACUUCAUGAACGAGUGGGGUCUCACUCCAAGUUUGGCAACAUACAAUUGCUUGAUGUACAUGUACAGCCAGUCCAAUAAGUACAAGCAGUCUGAACAAAUACUGAGAGAUAUUUCGGGGAAAGGAAUCAAACCAGAUGUCAUUUCGUACAACACCGUUAUCUGUGCAUACUGCAGGAAUGGCCAAAUGGGAGACGCCUUGCGAGUCCUCACAGAAAUGAAGGAAGCCGGGGUCAUUCCUGAUGUGAUAACGUACAAUACCUUCGUAGCCAGGUAUGCAGCAAAUGCAAUGUUUGUUGAAGCCACAGAUGUGGUUAGGUACAUGAUAAAGAAUGGCUGUAAACCAAAUGAGAACACGUACAACCCCAUUGUAGACUCUUACUGUAAGCUUGACAGGAAAGACGAGGCUGUGAUGUUCAUCAAAAGCCUCUGUAAGCUUAACCCCCAUUUCACUAAGGAGGAAGAGUGUAGGUUUUUGGAACAAUUGAGAAUAAAAUAAUUUUGAAGAGUUGAAG